GGUGGGGUCUUUGCCCCACUCACACCCCCCCACCACCCUCCCAGGGGAAAUUCAUCCGGAUCCACUUCGGGGCCACCGGCAAGUUGGCGUCGGCCGACAUCGAGACCUACCUCCUGGAGAAGUCCCGCGUCAUCUUCCAGCUGAAGGCGGAGCGGAACUACCACAUCUUCUACCAGAUCCUCUCCAACAAGAAGCCGGAGCUGUUGGAGAUGCUGCUGGUCACCUCCAACCCCUACGACUACGGGUACGUGUCCCAGGGCGAGGUGACCGUGGCCUCCAUCGAUGACGCCGAGGAGCUGCUGGCCACCGACAGCGCCUUCGACGUGCUGGGCUUCACUGCCGAGGAGAAGGCCGGGGUGUACAAGCUGACGGGCGCCAUCAUGCACUUCGGCAACAUGAAGUUCAAGCAGAAGCAGCGGGAGGAGCAGGCGGAGCCCGACGGCACCGAAGACGCCGACAAGUCCGCCUACCUGAUGGGGCUGAACUCGGCCGACCUGCUCAAGGGGCUGUGCCACCCGCGGGUCAAGGUGGGCAACGAGUACGUCACCAAGGGCCAGAGCGUCCAGCAGGUCUAUUACUCCAUCGGCGCCCUGGCCAAGGCCGUCUACGAGAAAAUGUUCAACUGGAUGGUGGUGAGGAUCAACAACUCGCUGGACACGAAGCAGCCCCGGCAGUACUUCAUCGGCGUCCUGGACAUCGCCGGCUUCGAGAUCUUCGACUUCAACAGCUUCGAGCAGCUCUGCAUCAACUUCACCAACGAGAAGCUGCAGCAGUUCUUCAACCACCACAUGUUCGUGCUGGAGCAGGAGGAGUACAAGAAGGAGGGGAUCGAGUGGGAGUUCAUCGACUUCGGCAUGGACCUCCAGGCCUGCAUCGACCUCAUCGAGAAGCCCAUGGGGAUCAUGUCCAUCCUGGAGGAGGAGUGCAUGUUCCCCAAGGCCUCGGACAUGACCUUCAAGGCCAAGCUCUACGACAACCACCUGGGCAAGUCGGCCAACUUUGGGAAGCCGCGCAACGUCAAGGGCAAGGCCGAGGCCCACUUCUCACUCGUCCACUACGCCGGCACCGUGGACUACAACAUCCUGGGCUGGCUGGAGAAGAACAAGGACCCCCUCAACGAGACGGUCGUGGGGCUCUACCAGAAAUCCGCCCUCAAGCUCUUGGCCAGCCUCUUCUCCAACUACGCCGGGGCGGAUUCCGGUGGUGACGGUGGGAAGGGCAAAGGAGCCAAGAAGAAAGGUUCCUCCUUCCAGACGGUCUCAGCCCUGCACCGGGAGAACCUCAACAAGCUGAUGGCCAACCUCAAGACCACCCACCCCCACUUCGUGCGCUGCCUCGUCCCGAACGAGCGGAAGCAGCCGGGCGUGAUGGACAACGCCCUGGUGAUGCACCAGCUCCGCUGCAACGGGGUCCUGGAGGGGAUCCGCAUCUGCCGCAAGGGCUUCCCCAACCGCAUCCUCUACGGGGACUUCCGCCAGCGGUACCGCAUCCUGAACCCCGCAGCCAUCCCCGAGGGGCAGUUCAUCGACAGCCGCAAGGGCGCCGAGAAGCUCCUGGGCUCCAUCGACAUCGACCACAACCAGUACAAGUUCGGGCACACCAAGGUGUUCUUCAAGGCGGGGCUGCUGGGGCAGCUGGAGGAGAUGCGGGACGAGCGCCUGUCCCGCAUCAUCACGCGCAUCCAGGCGCGGGCGCGGGGGCAGCUCAUGCGCCUCGAGUUCAAGAAGAUCGUGGAGCGCCGGGACGCGCUGCUGGUGAUCCAGUGGAACCUGCGGGCCUUCAUGGGGGUGAAGAACUGGCCGUGGAUGAAGCUCUACUUCAAGAUCAAACCCCUGCUGAAGAGCGCCGAGACGGAGAAGGAGAUGCAGAACAUGAAGGAGGAGUACGGGCGGCUGAAGGAGGCCCUGGAGAAGUCGGAGUCGCGGCGGAAGGAGCUGGAGGAGAAGAUGGUGUCCAUGCUGCAGGAGAAGAACGACCUUCAGCUCCAAGUGCAGGCCGAGCAAGACAACCUGAACGACGCCGAGGAGCGCUGCGACCAGCUGAUCAAGAACAAGAUCCAGCUGGAGGCCAAGGUGAAGGAGCUGACGGAGAGGCUGGAGGACGAGGAGGAGAUGAACGCCGAGCUGACGGCCAAGAAGAGGAAGCUGGAGGACGAGUGCUCGGAGCUGAAGAAGGACAUCGAUGACCUGGAGCUGACCCUGGCCAAGGUGGAGAAGGAGAAACACGCCACCGAGAACAAGGUCAAGAACCUGACGGAGGAGAUGGCGGGGCUGGACGAGACCAUCGCCAAGCUGACCAAGGAGAAGAAGGCCCUGCAGGAGUCCCACCAGCAGACCCUGGAUGACCUGCAGGCCGAGGAAGACAAAGUCAACACCUUGACCAAGGGCAAAGUCAAGCUGGAACAGCAAGUGGACGAUCUCGAAGGCUCCCUGGAGCAGGAGAAGAAGAUCCGGAUGGACCUGGAACGGGCCAAGAGGAAGCUGGAAGGUGACCUGAAGCUGACCCAGGAGAACAUCAUGGAUCUGGAGAACGACAAGCAGCAGCUGGAGGAGAAGCUAAAGAAGAAGGAGUUUGAGAUCCACCAGCAGAACGGCAGGAUCGAGGAUGAGCAGGCCCUGGCCCUGCAGCUCCAGAAGAAGCUGAAGGAGCUGCAGGUGAGGGGCUGGGUCUGCGUCUGCUUGGGCUGGGCUGGAGAGUCUCCAGGUGGUUGG